GUUGGGCAGUGUGGGGCCAACUCGUUUGGAAGGCAGCGGCGGGCACAGGAUAGGGCUUCUGCAGCUGCAGGUAGACAGGCAGAAGACAAGUCGUGGGUCUUGUCUUGUCACAGAGGAGGAGACUAAAAGCACAGAUAAAUGCAUAAAGUGACUCGUGUGGAGGAAUGGGAGAAGCCUUCUAAAUAAUUAGACUCUUGAAAAACAGGAUGCAGAAGUCCUUUUGCUAUAUUCCCAUUGUGAGCAGUGUGACCCUGUGGGAGAGAGGCUCACCUAAUACAAGUAAAAAAAGAAGAUUUUUCUUCCCGCAAAAGCCGCAGCAGCAGAAACAACAGACGGAGUGCUGUUUCAGUCUGCUUCACGAGUCUUUUCAGCCAUCCAGCCUGCACUGCAGGGGCUACGCUUUGGGUCCUGCUAGUUCCCGGCAUCACAGACUGUUCUGCAAUGACUUCGUGACUGGAAAUCAAAGGCUCAAGUUACAGCCUAUACCUCGUUGUAAAACCACAGCUUCACCCUGCUCCAGAUUCCUUACUCACAUGAAGACAUUUUCCUCAUCACAUAAAACGGAUAAAUUGCAUUUUCUGCCAUUUCCAGGAUCUAUAGGAACUCAUAGUCCAAUGACAGGUAAAAGACUACUUUGCGUUCACCAGUACACAAUCCCCAAGUCUCCUGCGAGCACCAUUUCCCUCGAUGAAGAAAUUGGUGGAGAAGCCUGUCCUUCCCUGUCAUCAUCCAGUGAAAUGGAGGAAGAUGAUCUGCUCUUUACAAUCAAUGAAGAGCAGAAGCCACCCAGACGACUAUCCAAUCAGACCUGGAUCAGCCCAUUUCUGGAAAUGCAAGCUGCCAAUAAGCUUCUUAAAAGAUCACAGUCAGUGAAUACCAUUUCUCUGGAAGCUGCAGGUAGACAUAUCCCACUUCAGAACCAUCCCUUGGCCAACUCCAAGGGAGAUUCUGGUCCUGCGAUGAGACCUUUUACUGCCAUUGGCCUCUGCAGAAGUGUCAGUCAGAGCUACCCUUCCCAGCCGAUCAGCUGUAAGACUUCCGAAACUGUGCAGGAGGAUAAAGCUACAGCCUCGGGAUCUCCAACACAAACAGAUUCCCUAACCGUGUGCGGAAGUGCAUUAGGAAGAGGCGCAGUUGCCAUAACACCAGAGACGACCCUCAAGCAUCCUCAUCUCCCCACCGAACGGAGGCCAAAGGCAGUUAUCUCUUUGCCCGCCCGUGUGGUCAAAGAGCCCCUGCCUCUGCUCGUGGGCUCGUCUACCCGUUUAUUUUCCAAGAAGUUAAUGAAGGCUUGCUCCUCAGUGGCCCCGCGCCCACCCCAGGAUUUCCAUAAGGCUUGUUCACAGAGUCUUUCGAAGCCCGUGGUGAAUACUCACACAAACUGCUGAGAAGGAAUUGUUCUGCGAGCUCUGCCCAUCUUCCAAUCAAUGCCUGCCCAGAACAACAGAAAGGGCCUCAGAUGUAUUGGUUUCCACAGAACCAUUGUUACGCUUUGUAAAGCAUUUUUGAACCUAAUAAAUAAUGUCAAAAGUCUCUA